ACCACCGCAACACCGCCCACCGGUAAAGUACUCGUGCCGCACCGUGCAAUAAGGAAUAGGCUAGAGAGAGCGAAAUGGUAUCAACCCGUUCCUCAACACGGAAAUCUCGCUCAAACAGCACUUCCACCUCCCCCCCCACCAAAAAGCGCGCCCAACAACCCAAAUCCCCCUCCACUGCGAAAAAGCGCAAACUCCGAGCGCCGCCACCCCCAGGUUCGCCAUCCGCCCAACUCCACAGCGAAAGGGAGGAGGACGCCGGGCGGAGAGAGCGGGCGCGGGAGGGCGGGGUGCUGGAGAAGGGCCUUGUUUAUUUCUUUUUCAGGAGUAAGGUUGCCGUCGAGAGCGCUGGCGGAUUGGAGGAUGUCAAGAGGGGGUAUAUCGUUCUUAAGCCUUUGAAGCUGGGCGAGGGUGUAAGUGUGGGUGGGGAGGGGAGCAAGGGGGAGGGGAAGUGUAGGCUUCUGGCCGUGCCAAAAAAGAGGUUGCCGACGAGGGGGUUUGAGAAGUUUUUGUGAGUGGUGGCCAGUAGUCCUGCGAUUGGAGGGGGGGACUAAUGGCGGGGCCAUAUGUGUGAUAGGACCUUCGUGGAGGAGCCGAAUAUAACGGUGCGAGACCUCAAGGAUCGGUUUUUGAAGGGUUCACGUUACACAACAAAGACCCGAGGGUUUCCUCCCGCUUCAUCACUCCCUCACCUCACCUCCUAUACUAACGGUUACCAGCGAACGCGUCGACUCGGCAGCGGAGCCCAUAGGAGAAGGAGUAUAUGCCCUCGUCAAGCACCCGAAAGAGCGCUCAUCACAUCUAGCAUACCACCUGACCAUACCAGAGCAUGCGAGUGAGAUACAGUCCGAAUUCGGAAUCAAGGAUCGCGGGAGCUUUAUCGUCUCCGUGAAGAAUCCGAGUGCGCCAGCACCGCGGAGCGUGGCGAUUGCUGAUCCAGCGGAGUUUCCGAAGGAGUAAAUACCCUCCCUGCCAUGAGACCAGAUGACUUGGUGUGUUUAUGGGACUAAUUUCCGGAAUAGGGUUAUGGAUGAGUUUGGUGGGCUCCGUUGGUUGCCGUUGGGGAGGGAACACUUGGAGUGCAAGAACGCGCAGAUGUUGUUCAUUGGCGAGAGGGAGGUCUUGGAAGGGAAGGAGCAUGAAGUUGCCGGUGAGGAAUUGAAGGAGCUGGAGGAGGAAGACGGGAAACGAGUUGAGCAUUUGAAAGGGGAUGAAGCGGUGUUUAGGGAUUUGGAGCUGGAUAGGGGAGAAUAUGUGGGUGUCAAGAGCAACUGGUAGAAAGCGAGCACCCUCCUCCUCCUUCCUACCUUGCGGAAAUCAGGAUCUAGUCGGGAUGGAAGCACCAUCCAUGAUCCUCCAUAUCAGCCCCCUCCCCCGGUCUUGGCGAUCCAUUGAAAAAGGCUUCGUUACCCAACAAUCAAUAUAGGUAGACCCAAAUCUAAUCGGAUAAGAUUAUGAAGAAUAACGUGCCAAGCCCUAUUUUCUCUCUCAAUCUACCUCUACAAGGGAAUUGUGUUACCAUUAACAGUCUUGUAAUACGAGUAUUAUGAUAAAAGAAAAGACUGGGGCACCCAUGCCCAAGCCGCGGUGUGUGACAGCCAUAACCGAUCUAAAACAAAACAAAAAAAAUAAUUAUGAUUCUUGCGUACUAGUAA